UACAGUUUUUAAAGGUCAGUGAACAUCCUGUGGCAUUCAUUAUCUGUUUGGUGUGUGUGUGUCUGUGCGAGAGAGACAGAUAGACAGAGAGUGGAAAAUACUUGUUUUGGCAUCUUCAGUCAGUGUGAUAAUCCUAACAUGCUGCUCACACACAAACGACAAGCGUCAUUGUUGUCUGCAUGACAUGAGGUCAGGAAAUUAUACUGUAGAUAAGUGCCGCUGUCAGGGAGCUCCAUGCCUCUUACAUCGAUAACAUUGUUAUCAAAAGGAAACACUGCCUGACUCAUAGCAGCAGCAAAGUUCUAAAACUAUUCUAAAUGAGUUUAAGCAAUAUCCAUGAAUCAUACUAAUAUGUAUACCCUGGUUGUGUUUAUUCAUUAGCCUUAUAACAGAUGGACCUCAUCGUUUUGUUAUCACCGACAUUGUUGAAAUGAACUUUUGAGCAAGUAAACAAGCCAGAGGUCAUUAUCUAGGAGAGAAUGAACAGGAGGAUGUCCAUCCCCCCCUUGGGUGGACCGUAAUACACUCGUCAUUUCCUCCCCUCAUCUUUUAGAUUUGGUGUGUGUCUUGAGCUUAUGAGGUUGGAUACAGGGCAAGGAGAAGAGUAAAACAGGGGAGGGGUGAAAAAUAACAACGCUUCAGCUGGCUGAGUACAAAAUACCUUAGGCGUGGUUUUCAAUUAUUUCCUUAUGCAGUUGCGAGGGUCUUAGGAUCAUAGAAAAGACAGGAUAAAGCAGCAGUUUAGGCCUUGUUACAGUCUAACACAGAACUGAGCUGUUUCAAGUUUAAGGUGACUAGAAGAGUGGCGGCUAAGGAAAAGAAUCAUCCUAACUGGGCAGAAACUACAAGAGAUCUCAAACAUGGCAGCUAUAAGCAGUAACAAUGAGGAGAAUUUGAACACAAAGGAGGAGCCAAGGGAUCCUACCAGCCUGACUUUGGACACACUGCUCCCGCAAGAUGUGUUAUGUGACUCCUGCAUGGAUAGCCCCAGCAAGGCCCUGAAAUCCUGCCUGACUUGUCUUGUUUCCUACUGCGAGGCUCAUCUCAGACCUCAUCUGGAGAACGCCAAAUUUCAAAACCACCGGCUGGUGGACCCUGUCCAUGACAUCGACUGUCAGGCUUGCGAGGUUCACCAUCUUCCUCUCGAACGCUUCUGUCUGAUGGACGGCUGCUGUGUGUGUCUAGACUGCGAAAACCAGGAGCAUAAAGGUCACACAACUGCAUCCGUGGAGGAGGCAUGCGCUCAGAUUGAGACUGAACUGCAGGAAAAGCAGAUAGAGAUCAGUCAGAGUGCCUCAGCAGCUGAGAAAGCCAUUGGAAAACUGCAGAGCAACAAUGACUUAAUUAAGUCUUCGGUGCAGGAGGUUUGUGUCAUCGUUGAACAGCAGUUCGCCAGGCUGCAGACAACCGUGGAGGAGGCCAAGAAAGGGGCGUUGGAGGUGCUUGAGGGUGAGCAGAGACAAGCCCUCAGACAGGCAGAGGGGAUACAGGCACAUCUGGAGCAGAAGAGAACAGAGCUGACAAAGACUCUGGCCCAAAUGAACAAACUGUCCAGGAGCAAGUCUGAUGUCAACUUCCUGCAGAAGUACUCAGAGUGGAAGACAGGAGAGGCAGCUGUAUGUUUGCCCAGUGUGUACAUCAACCCCAUGGACCAUCUAGACUCUUAUGUUCAAGUAGUGACUGAUGCUACCCAGGAGCUGUGUGACCUGAUUCUCUCAUGUUACAGAGAAAAACUGAACAUGAUUUGCAAAAGUGAUACUAAAUCCCAGAUGCCAGACGUUUCUUCGCUGCCUGAUCCUGAGACUCUAGAGGACUUUCUAAAAUACACAAGGAGUUUGACCUUCAACCCAGACACCACUCAUCAUUUCCUACGUGUAACAGAGGACAACAGAAAGCUGACCAACACCAGCCCCUGGCAGCACAGCUACCCAGACCACCCUGAUCGCUUUGAGUAUUGGCGCCAGGCAAUGACUUCAGACAGCCUUUACGUGGGGAGGCACUACAUUGAAGUUGAGCUGAGCGGGGAAGGCGCACAUGUAGGGGUCACGUACAAGAGCAUCAAUCGUAAGGGAGAUCAAAGCGCAGACUGCAUCACCGGGAAUGACUUUUCUUGGUGCAUGGGGAGGAGCAGCCGAGGUUUCUCUGCCUGGCAUGCUGGUGUGGAGACACUUUUAGAAGCCUCUAAUAUCACAAGAAUUGGCUUAUACGUUGACUUUCACCGAGGCUCAGUGUCUUUCUAUGAUGUAACCGGUCCCAUGAGGCUGCUCCACAAGUACAGGGGUGAUUUCAUAGAGCCCUUGUAUGUUACUGCCUGGCUGUCAAAGAAGGACAAUGUAGUUUUUCUGGUUCAUGCUAAAUGAA